AUGAAGAAGAUUUUUGGAUUUGAGAGUUGGAAGGGCAAGUUGCCCUUUGGAUCCCUAACCAAAUGGCAGAGGAACAGCAUCGGCAUCAGUCCCAAGGAUGAUAAUAGUACCACCUCUUGGAACCGGUACCACAUCCAAGAUAAAGAUCUCAGAAAGAUCCACAGAGCUGCUAGCGCAGGCAAUGCGCAAGAAAUGGAGGAGAUUCUUUUGACAAGUUUAAGGCACUUAAAUGAUAGAGACAGGAAGAACAGGACUGCUCUACAUUUGGCCUGUGCCAAUGGCCAUCCGAAAGUGGUAGCUCUCCUAGCAGACAGUAAAUGCCAGCUUAACCUUUGUGACAAUGAAAACAAGACAGCCCUGAUUAAGGCCGUACAAUGCCAGGAGGAGGAAUGUGCAACUAUUCUGUUAGAACGUGGUGCCGAUCCAAAUAUAAUGGACAUCUAUGGCAACACGGCUCUGCACUAUGCUGUUGCUGGUCAGAAUAUGGACAUAGCAACAAAGCUACUUUCAUACAAGGCCAAUAUUGAAGCAAGAAACAAGAAUGAACUCACACCACUUUUACUUGCCGUGAGUGAAAACAAACAGCAAAUGGUGGAAUUUUUAGUAAAGAGGAAUGCAAAUGUACAUGCAGUCGAUAAGGUGAAAAGCAAUUGUAAAUUAACCUCUGAGAAUAAAGAAGAAAGGAGGUGUAAAGAGUCUUCUCAGAAUAGCAAUCCAGUGAAUGAGAAUUCUGAAGAACACUCUAUAAGCAGACUUUCUAGAAAAGCUGGCCUUGAUGAUUCAUGUCCUGAAUCAGACAACAAAGACUUUGUUUUUGCUACCAAGGAAGAAGCAACAACACCAGCAAUUGGGAAGAAAGAAAAUGUUAAAAUGUCAGCAUUAGAAUUAGGAGAAGAGGAAGAUGUAGAAUCACAUUCAGAUCCUGAGCGUUUUUCUGCAAGUCUACCGCAGAAGCAUGUUGAUCACUUCUCUGGAGCUGCAGAUCAAAGAGGAAAAAACAUACCAAAUGGACAAGUCGAAGAAAUGAUAGCAGCAGGUCUGGUAUUCUGCAUUUCUCACAAGCUCUCAGGUGACUUCUGUGAUUACUGGUCCUCAGACCGUGUUCUGAGUCGAGAGGAUUCUCCUGAAAAAUAUCCUCACUUAAAGCCUACCAUUGAAGUGAAUUAUCCUGUUCUUCUCAAAGCAGUAGGAAUGGAAGAUAUGCAAACAUACAGUUCAGAUUCUUCAGAUUCAGAUUCUGCUAGUUUGCCCCUCAAUCAUGAAACCUGUCAGAGAACCAGGGAUUUGAAAGUUGACGAUAAAUGUCCAUUCAUAUCACAAUCGAUGACCCCAAAUCAGUCAGCAUCCACAGACUUUGGACAGAUGACCUUGAUACAUAAAGACAAGACUAAUAGUAGAGCUAUGUUUCUGAUAAGGGAUUAUAAACCCUAUGACCUGUGCGAAUCACAGUUAUCAGAAAAUGGAGAAAGCAAAGAAGAUUGGUCAGCAGAACUAAGCGUAAGAAUGACAUCAGAGGAAGAGCAAGGAAGGCUUGACACAAGUGAAAAUAACCACCCACAGGUUGUUGAAGGGCGAAAUGACCAUCAGAAGCAACUUUGUCAAGAACAGAAUGCCAGAAUAUUACAAGAUGUACUUCUGACCAAUCACCUUUGCAAGCAAAAGAAGAUAGAAAUAAAUCUUAAGAAAAUGAAAUCUAAGGUUUCUGAUGCUCAAGAAAAAGAAAAAAAUCUGUCGUAUGAAAACCACAGGUUACAUGAAUCAAUUGCUAUGCUAAACCUGGAAAUAGACAUAGUAAAAAAUCAGAAGCAGGAAAAAGAAAAAAAAUAUUUUGAGGACAUUACAAUUUUACAAGAAAAGAAUGACAGUCUUCAAAAGACCAUUAAAUUGAACAAGAAAACACUAAAAAAAACAAUAUUUCAGUAUAAUAGACAUCUUAAUGUUCUGAUAGCUGAAAAGACAACACUAAACUCUCAACUGGAGAAUGAAAAACAAAGUAAAGAGAGACUGGAAACAGAAGUCGAAUCCUACCGUUCUAGACUGGCUACCACUAUACAUGAUCAUGAGCAAGGUCAGACAUCAAAAAGAGACCUAGAAUUUGCUUUCCAAAAAGCAAGAGAUGAAUGGUUUCAUUUUCGAGACAAAAUGAAUUUCGAUAUGUCUAACAUGAAAGAUAAAAAUGAGAUUCUUUCUCAACAACUUUCUAAAGCCAAAAGAGAAUUGAAAAAUCUAGAAACUGAUCUCCAUCACACAAGAGAUGCUCUCAGAGAGAAGACUUUGGCUUUAGAACAUGUACAAAGAGACCUAAGCCAAACACAGUGUCAAAAGAAGGAAAUUGAACACAUGUAUCAAUAUGAACGAGGUAAAGUGAAUAAAUAUGUUGGUAAGCAGGAAUCCUUAGAGGAGAGGAUAUCUCGCCUACAAAGUAAAAAUAUGUUGCUUCGAAAGCAACUGGAUGAUGCUCGCCCUAAAGCCGAAAAUAAAGAAAAGACAAUAAUUACCAUACAAGAACAGUUUCAGGAUACGAUAAAAAGAUUUCAGGCUGAAAGUGAAAAUCAAGGUCGUAUACUGGAAGAAAAAAAUCAGAAGUUAAUCAAUGAAUGUAAAAAUUUAAAAGAGCGAAUGUAUCGAUAUGAAACUGAUAAAGAAGAAAGAGAAGUAUUCGUGAGACAACUUCAACAAGAACUGGCCGAUACCCUCAAAAAGCAAUGUAUGUCAGAGACUUCACUGGAGGUUACACAGGAUUUGGAAAAGAAAUUAAAUCAAAUAAGAAGUCAAUUUCAAGAAGCCAGUGAUCAAUUUGCACAGGCCAUAAGAUGUGCUGAGAAGACAUCAGAUGACAUGCAAAAGCUCUCAAUUCAAAAUGACGAGUUUAAAGUCACAAUCAAAAAACAAGCAGGCAGAAUUGAACACCUUCAGACAAAUCUGUUAGGUGCAAGUUCGUCUCAGGUUGAAAAGGAACCACUAAAGAACUAUACUGAGUUAAAACAAUCUCUGGAAUACCAAUUGGAUCAAGAAAAGAAGAAAAAUGAUGAAUUAGAAAAAGAGAUUACCCGGAUUCAGAAACUCUUAAAAAUUACAAAAAGGAAGUUAAAUGAAUAUGAAAAAGGAGAGCUUAGUUUCUCUGGAGCUUUAAAACCCAGUCACAUUGAAAUGGAUAUUCAGAUUAAUAUGUUAAAACAGGAGAUUGCUGAUUCUACAGAAAAGCUGGAAACUGCAUCUUCAAAAUGUCGACAUCUGGAUGAAGAAAAUCAGUUUCUUCGACAGCAGUUAUUAUCUAUGAAAGAAACACAAAAGAAAUGUGAAAAACUAGAGAAUGAAAACGAGAAGUUGAAACAAGAAUUAGUAAAUGUCAAGAGUCACAUAAAAAUGAAUAUGGUAAAAUACAGUGAAGUCGAACACUAUAAACAGGAGAUUGAAGAAAGAGCAAGACAGAAAAUAGUGGAAAAAUUAAAAGAAGUUAAUCUAUUUUUACAGGCACAAGCAGCAUCUCAAGAAAACUUACAGCAGUUAAGAGAGAAAAAUAAUGCUUCAAUAAGAAGUCAAAUGGAACUCAGAAUUAAAGAUCUAGAAUCUGAACUCUCCAAAGUGAAAACUUCUCAAGAAGAUUCUAAUAAAAUGCAAUUGGAAAUGUAUAAGCAACUCUACCUAGAGGAAUUGAAAGUUAGAAUGUCAUUGGAAAAUAAACUAAAUGUGAAAAAUGAAAGGCUAGCAAAGAUCAGUUCUGAACUGAAGAAACAGCAAAGCAGAACUUUACUCUGCACUGAUAUUACAGGGCCAGUCCUGGAGCCACCUGGUGUUGGAAGUCUUAAUCAUAGAUUCAUAAGCCAUAGAAAUUUUAUUCCAAGAGAAAAGUUGGAGACUCCUGCCUCAACCCCAUGGACUUCAAAUAAUAGCCUAGAGGCUUACUUUAUCAAGAUGCAGCGAGAGAUGGAUAAAAUGAUAACUAAAGAAUCAAAUGAAGCUGCUGCUGAAUUUGAAUCUAAGUUCCAUAAACCUUGUCCUCUACAAUCCACUGGUGAUCUACUUUUGAACGCCUCAAAAGAAUAUGUACAGAUUUUGAAGAAAAAUUAUAUGUUGUGA